AUGUGUACUGGGCAAAGAACAAAGCUUUUUGUUGUGGUUUAUUUUUUUUUCAUCCAGAAGAGGACCUUGAGGAAAGAGCUUGAGGAAGAGAUGGCAGAAAUGAUGGCAGAAGCAGCAGUAGACUCGAAUGAGGACGUGUUGGAGGAAACGGAGGAUCUGGGUCCUUUUGAGUCCGAUGACGGUGGUACCUUCCAACAGGUCACGAAUCUCCUGGACAUCAUUGACAGUGAGUCAGCAAAGACGGACAUGGCCGGGGCAAGUCUGGACAUGCGGAAGACCCUGGCCUCAGUGAUAAUCACGGAGAAGGCCACCACCGAGCCCUUAGCAGUGAUGAAUGCUCUCAUCCGCUGCCUGCAGGUGCCGGAGAUUUCCACCAAGCGCAAGGUCACCAUUUACAACAUCCUUCAGGAAAUCAUCCAGCAGGAGGGGGAGCUGGAGGAGCGGUGUGUCCAGAGGCUGGUGGCCAUCGCCUCCAAGGAGAUGAGGGAGACCCCAGAGAUGGAGGGCUAUGUGAAGGCGGAGGUGGCCAGUGACACCCUGGUGGCUCUGUCCCGAAAUCACUUCAGCUUGGUCAUGUACGAGUUACAGCACCACCUGAAGCCCCUCAACCUCACGGAUGAAUUUGUCCUCGUCACCUUGGCCAAGCUGGCCAAUGGCAAUGUGUUUGAGUUCAUGCCAUACAUGGGCAUCACCCUGGCUACCAUAUUCACGAUGCUGAGGCUCGCCAACGAAGCCAAGAUACGCCAGGUGAUCUGUAGUGCCGUGGAGACCUUCUGUGAGACGGUGCGGUUUUACCUGAGGCACUCGGAGGACAGCGUGUACCCAGUGAUGACAGAGGAACAGUUUGCCCUGAAGCUGUUCCCAAUGUAUUGUUACUUCGUGACUGUGUGGCUGAGGCAGCACAACCCGGAGGUGAAGCUGGGGGUCAUCAAGUCCCUGAAGCCCAUGCUGAAGCUCCUUCUGCCCAAUGACGACCUGCGGGAACAGGUCUACGACUACAUCCCCCUGCUGCUGGCCGAGUACCAGGGCGGCCUGGAGGCCCUCUUCAUCACACAGGUCUUGAGGCAGAUCCUGGAAAUGUCAGUCACCACCAACACCCCUGUACCCCAAAUGCAGCUACAUACCAUUUUCACGGAACUGCACGUGCAGGUGUGCACCAAGGUCCCGAGCCAGCAUCAGUACAGCAACCAGAAUCUGGCGGAGAUCGUGCGCUGCUUCGUAGCCCUCGCUCGCUCCUACCCCAGGGAGCUGAUGAAGUUCUUCUUUAGCCAGAUGGAGAUGAGCAAGGAGGCCAUCCGCGUGGGGACUCUGGCCCUGAUUAGGGCCGUGGUGAGUGCAGAUGAGCCCAGGAUGAACAUCAGGACCAUCUGCAUGGCCAUCCGGGUGGUCAAGAACACCCUCUCUGACACCCGGUCCAAGGUGAGGAUAGCUAUUCUCCGCAUCAUUGGCCAGUUGGCUCUGUCCGGCUACCAGGAGAGGGUCAAAGGCUGGGGCCUGAAGUACGUGUCCGUGCAGCUGACCAUAUCCACCUACAAACUGACAAACCGCCGGGACAGCUUAUGUCAGAGGGACUUGGAGGAGAAGAUGGUCCACAAAGUCACCAUGGACACCGUGAAGAUCUUAACCUCUGCUGUCAGCGGGAUGACCAACGAGUUCUGGGUGAGGCUCCUGUGCUACAUCAUGGAGACAGACCACACGGAGGCCUUGACCCCCAUCUGUGUCAGCCUCACCAAUCUGGCAGAGCGCCAGCUGCACAGCGAUGACACCGAGGCCAGCGCGGCGGGCAAGAGCAGGCAUGUGGACCUGCCUGCGCCGCAGAAGCUGCUGGCCCGUCUUCUGGUGCUGAUGUCAUCGCCCUACAAGGGGGAGGGCCGUGGGAUAGCCAUGCUCAACCUCCUGCGGACCCUGAGCCAGAGCAUCGCACCCACCAUGGCCGACAUGUGGGAGCAGGAGAUCCCGCUGCUGGUCCAGUACCUGGAAGAGCACACCGAGUUCACUUGGAAUCAGAAGGCCUGGGAGGACAAGCUGAUUCAGUUUCUGCGAAACUCCCUCAAGAAGACCCGGGGAUCCAGCUGGAGCCUGCGCCUGGGCAAAGAGCUGAACAACCAGAUCUCGAGCUUUGACAGCCCCUCUCUGGAGAAGGGUUUUCUGUACCAGGCCUUGGGCUUCACCUUGGCUACGGGCCUGGAGGCCAGCAAGGUGGAGGUGCUGCUGCUGGAGCUGCUGUACAAGACGGACUACAGCAACGACUUCGACCGGGAGGGCGUGAUCCUGUGCUUCGGCCUGUGUGCCCGGGGCCAGGUGAAGACGGUGCUGAACGUGCUCCACGACUUCGAGGACAGGAUCCAGGAGUCAGAGCAGUCCUGGCAGAUCGGUGCUUGGCGGAAGGACCACCCCUGGAGGCGGGAAGCAGUGAAGAGCGCCCUCAUGGUGAUGUACAGCUGCGUGGCCUCCUACUGCCACCCCCAGAUGCUCCUAAACCACGUGGACAGCCCCAUCACUGCUAAGAUCAUCCACCACUACUCCAGCAGCUGCCAGAAUGUCUCCCUGAAAAUGGCCUUCAUGAAGAGCAUCGUGCAGGUUACCAACGCCGUCAACAACAUCAAGGACCUGGAGGACUUCCAGUACGCCCCAAAGACGGCUCUCACUGGCAUCAUAACGGCGGUCAUCAGGGCGGAGUCAACUGACAACCUGGUUUCUCCCGUGCGGACUAUGGCGAUGGACGCCCUCUCGCACCUGAGCAAGCUGAAGCCUUUCUACUCCACAGAGGAAAACAGUGAGCUGAUGGAUAUCGGCAUACAUUCUGUAAUUUCUCUCCAGCCCCCAAGAGAGGACAAUGAGUCUAUUACGGUAGGACGUACUUUGUAUAUUUCCAAUCCCUUAAAAUCAAUGGAGACUGAUUUUGAGGAAAGCGGAGGGCAAAAGCUAGCCAGGAAAGGGCUGGCACCGGGAUUUCCAUGCCUGCUUCUGUGUCCUGGGCUCUACCCUCAGCUCCUGGAGAAGUGGAUCUUGUCGGAGAAAGAAUGGGAGAGGGAGAAGGCCAUGAAGCUCCAUCUGCAUCUCUUGAAGAUCUAUGUCCAAAGCGUUGGAGUCUGUAUCCCCCUGAAGCUGGGGCAGUUUGGCACAAUGGUCGGACUCAUUGCCCCAUGCACCUGUGACGCCCACCGAAGAACCCGUAUAGCCUCAACUAAUGUCCUGUCCACCCUGCUAGAUCUUCACGCAAGCCAGACCUGCUCCUUGUGGAGCACUGCCAAGGAGAAGGAGCUUGAGAAAUGUAAGGAGGACCUCUGGGGCACAGACAUGGAGAAGAUUUUCUGCGCAUCCUCGAGAAUCGCCAAGGUGGUCUGCAUGGAGUUUAAUUGCGACGAGGUGGUGUCACUCAUCCAGAAGCUCUGCGAGAACAUCGGGGCCAUGGACCUGCAGCACGACAAGGCCUCUGUCACCUGGAUAGGCACCUUCCUCCAGAUGCGGGUCAAGGAUCUGGAGGACAAGGCGGCCGAGAUCCUGGGUGCCAUCCUGGUGCACCUGCCAGGGGUGGAUCAGCCGGAGGUGCGGCACCUGCUCAUCAAGGGCAUCCUCCUGCUGGCGCACUACCACCAGGACACCGUCCUCACGUCGCUCCUGAGGCAGCCCCUGCCCAUGGAGAGCCACCUGACAGAGGUGUGGCUGGCUGUGGCCGAGAACGUGUCCUUUGCCCGGACCAUGCUCCACGGCCUGAUGAGCCGGCUGCAGUCGCGGUUCACCCCCAGGGUCAACGCCACCUCCAAGGCUGACGUCUGGCGCCUGGCCGCGGUGGACCCUCUGAUGGCCCUGUGCACCACCCACCUUCUCAUCCAGAAGAUGGACCAGGAGGGCGCGCUCCUGGGCCUCCUCCCCGACCUGCUCUACACCCUCCUGCUGCAGCUCGCCAGCAGCCACGAGCCAGAGGCCGCCUCACCCGUCCUGAAGACGUGGAGGCUGGUCCACACGAGGCCCCUGCCCGAGGAGCUGAACCCGCAGAGGAUCACGAUCAAGUCCAUGCAGCUCUUGUGCAAGAAAAUCCGCAGCGAGCGCCUGGAGCACGCCCUGGAGGAGCAGGCCGUGUGGGCCCUCCUGGAGGACGGCGGGUCUUUCCUGGAGGGCGUGAGCCGGCUGGCCAGGCUGUGCAUGCGGCACGUGGAGGGCUACAGGCCGAGGCUGUCGGAGCUGGUGCUCAGGGGCAUGGACUCGCAGGUCCCGAGCUGCCGCAUCAGCAGCACGGCCAUCUGUGUGGAACUCAUGAGCGACCCGAUCCUGCACCAGGAGAAGCUGCUGAAGCCGGCGGUGCUGGCGCUGGAGCAGGGCGCGGAGCAGGAGGAGGACGAGGCCCUGCGGGUGCUGUCCCUGCGCGCGCUCGGCAACAUGGCCCUGGGCGCCCCCAGGAAGGUGAAGCAGUACCGGAAGCUCCUGCUGGAGAAGUGCCUGGGCUCGCUGCGGGGGCCCGCGAGCAUCCGCGUGACUGCUGAGGGCAUGGGGGCCCUGGCCAAGAUCCUGGCUGAGCUCCGAGAAGGGGAUGUGGGGGCCUUUUUCGACAGCAUCUCUGAGCGGUGCAGGGUCUUCUUCGACAACGAAAGCGAGCUGCUGCGUUUGAAAGCCUUCAUCCUCUUUGGGAGGCUGGCAAAGGUGGUCCGGAUUUCCAAGAAGCAUUUCUUCAAAGGGGAAGUGAAGAAGGCCUGGGUCCCUCUCAUGCUGCACUGCCAGGACCCCUGCUCCGACACGGCCCGAGCCUGUAUGGCUACCAUGUUUCAGUGUGUGCACUUCUGGGGCUGGAAGUCCCUGGAGAGCCCAUCGGGGCAAAGUGACGCCAGUACCGAUGACAGGAUGGUCGUUUUCCAGACAACCAUGUGCUCCAUCCUGGCUCAGAAAAAGCCUGCCGUUCUCUACAGCUUCUUGCUAGAAACAAUGACCUACAUUAAAAGUAACUUGUCAAGGAUCAGAAUCGCUGCCUGCAACUUGGCAGGAAUUAUUAUGAAGCAGAUGUCUACACAUUACCUGAAAAAGCUGGACUUUCCUGCAUUACGGAAUUCCCUCCAGGAGCUACAGCUGGACACGGAUCCUGGGGUCCGGAGGGCAGCCCUGGAGACGCUCAAAGUCUUGGAUAGCUGUAGUCAGCACUGGCUUUUGGCUUCACCUGGAGGAAUGUCCUAG